UUUAGUGAUUCUUCGCCUGGAGCUUCACAAUUGUUUGCCAGAGCAUUAACAGAUUUUCUGUCUCUGGGCGCAGGUUGCCCCGUCGAUUAAUUCCUGUCCUUUCGUCCUCUAACGCACAUCAAAUAUGUUCAACUUUAAAGCUCCGGCCUCUUCUGGGGCAUCUGGUAAUAACAUGUUCGGAUCUGCUGGUGCUACUUCGAAUACUGGAUCGAAUGGUGGUGGUGGUCUUUUUGGGAACGUAGGAGCAACCACAAGCAGUGGCACUACUACGCCUACCCUUUUCGGAACCAGCUCUGCAACGGGUCAGGGCCCUUCGCCUUUUGGCGCUGGUAGCAGCACUCCUUCGUUUAGCUUUGGAGACCAGAGCAAAACCGGACCUUCUACUGCGCAGCCAUCAUCCCUGUUUGGUGCUGCAUCGCAAACCCCCAAACAGUCGACAGAAGCUCCCGCCUCCGGCCAGACUGCCACCAGCGGGCUGUUUGGUAGCGCAGCAAAGCCUGCAGGUACUCUUUUUGGCAACACUACAACCACUCCUGCGCAAUCCGGUACAACCACUCUGUUCGGUAGCCAGCCAUCAACCACCCCCGCUGGCCCUCCUCCACAGGGAGGUGCUCCGGCGCAAGGACAGUCACUCUUUGGACAAGCGGCGCAAGCACAGAAGCCGGGCGGCAUUUUCGGAUCAGCUACACUUUCGACUACAACCCAGCCUGCGGCUACGUCCACGGCGACUUCCACACCCUCGCUCUUUGGAGGAGCCGCGGCGCCCACUGGCGGCGGUUUUUUCAAACCGGGUGCGGCUACAGAGAAGACACCAGCUUUCGGAACAACACCAUCUUCGACUCCUGCUCUUGGUAGCGGCUUAUUUGGCGAUGCUGGCGCCAGCAAACCAGCUGAAUCGACGACACCGGCGACAACCGCAGCCAGCACUACAAAAGCCCUGUUUGGGAAUGCCCCGGCUGCUGGCGCACAACCGUCUUCGCUUUUUGGCACUCUAGGUUCUGGUGCUGCUACCGCGACGAAGCCUGCAUUCCCAUCCCUUACAGGUACCACAACCGCUCAGACCCUAGCUUCGCCUGCCGCAUCCUCCGCCACCCCUCAGAAGUCCCUCUUCCCUACACUUGGUGGAACGACAUCGUCCGCUACCCCGUCAUCAACACCCGCCGCAGCUGCUCCUUCUGGAGGCCUCUUUGGAGGACUCGGCGCUUCCAAGCCUGCGGAAACCCCGACCACGCAGCCUGCACCCGCUGCAGGUGGACUGUUUAACAAGCCUGCGGGGGCUACAUCUUCUGCUACACCAGCCCCCAGCACAGCUACGGGUGCCACGACCACCACAGCAGCUAAGCCUUCCCUGGCCACAACAACGGGACCUGCGACUUUGACUCCUACCGCGACCGCAGGCACUGCGCCAGCGGCAGCGCCUACUGCGGCUGGCGGCGCGACUCUCGGCGCGUCCACGGCUGGUCCUACCCCUCCAGCCCAGUCACGCCUGAAGAACAAGACCAUGGAUGAGAUCAUCACGCGAUGGGCCACAGAUCUGACGAAAUAUCAGAAGGAAUUCCGAGAACAGGCCGAGAAGGUGGCUGAAUGGGAUCGGAUGCUAGUCGAGAAUGGUACUAAGGUUCAGAAGCUCUAUGGAAGCACGGUAGAUGCCGAACGUGCCACUCAAGAGAUUGAACGCCAGCUUGCGUCCGUUGAGGGCCAGCAGGAAGAGCUGAGCUCGUGGCUGGACCGCUACGAACGCGAGGUUGAUGAGAUGAUGUCUAAGCAAGUUGGACCUGGCGAGAGUCUACAGGGGCCUGAUCAGGAACGUGAACGAACCUACAAACUGGCCGAGAAGCUCUCCGAACGCCUCGAUGACAUGGGCAAAGACCUCUCAAGCAUGAUUGAAGAAGUUAAUAGUGCCUCGGCAACAUUAAGCAAGACCAGUAAGGCCGAUGAGCCGAUCUCUCAAAUCGUGCGUAUCCUCAAUUCGCAUCUCUCCCAGCUCCAGGCCAUCGAUCAAGGCACCACGGAGCUCCAGACCAAGGUUAGCACUGCGCAGAAAGCAGGACGGACCCUGUCGUCGCGUUUUGGACAUGGGUUCAGCACCUCGGGGAUGGGUAAUGGGAGCGCUGCGGAUGACUUUUACCGAUCUUAUAUGGGGCGCCGGUAAUUAGGAAGGAAGGACGAAGUAAAAAUGAAUGGACCGGUCCUGUGCA